AUCUCAUCGAUUUUAUUCAGAUUGAAAAUCCUCCAUCUAAGCAUAAAGAUGAAGUGAAACCUUUUUUCACUUCAUCUCUAAAACUAUACGCUGCGCUGCCAAAUCGUCUCAAUUCAUUUCACUCUCUAAUUACAUUGUAUUUUGUUGCACUUAGUUGCACAAUCAAUGAAAGAUAGAAAAAUAAGAGAGGGAGAUAGAGUAGUUACCUCUAAUAAAAUACAGUCAGAAAAAAAUUAAAGACAUUAUGCGGGUGAAUAAACAGAAUAAGAUACAACAAAUUCAACAUUUAAAUUCAAUACAAAAAAAAAAUUGUCUUAUUCAAUCUUUUUUAAUCUCGAAUAAAAGAAAAAUUUUCUCAAAGUUUCGUUAUAAUGCAAUAAAAUUAAUUAAGUAAUGCACACAAGGCAUACACAGUUUAUUGAACGCAACAACCAUACCAAGUGGAAGGUAUAAAUUCUCUCUUCUCUCAGAAAAUUCAGAAUUCAGAUACAAAAUUAUUGAAGAUACAAAAAAAAAAAUCAUUCAAUUAUUCUCCAACUGCGCUCAACUUAAGCUAGGUUUUUGUGUCUUCGCUCGCUUAUAGAGUUUCCUGUUUGCUUUUGUAGAUUUUAUUUUCAAGAUAGUAUAGGUGCGAGUUUCUUCGUCAGUCUUUGUAGAGGUAUUAUUAUUGCGUCUCCGUCCAUCUUCAUGGCUUCUUGUACACUCUCAAAAAAAUGUAUCUUGCCAGUAAGAAAGACUAGAUAUCUGACGACUUACGACAGUUUGAUAGAGCUCUCAGUGAUCGCGGAUCGUUUUUCUCCAAAUUUGCUGAUCAUAGUUAACUUUUCGAAUGAUAUUUUGUCGGAAAUCCAUGAAAAUUAAUGGAUUAAGAUAGUUUUUUUCAAAAGAAUUCCAAUAGGUUCGUUAUAAAAAAAGUCAAAGUAAGGUUCCAAUUACGAUCUUUUCGGAAUUCUACGUACCAACAAGAUCGCUUUUUGCUUUCUUUUGUGUGUGCGGAAAUUUACACACCAUUACACUCAGAAUAUCUCUACAACACUUGUGUAUGUGUUUUUUUACCUGCCGCGUGUGUUUCUUGUUUGUUACCUGUCCGAUAAAUAAAAAUUUUCUGUUGAAAAAAUUGUAUCUGUGUAUCUUUUGCAUGCCUCUACCUACACUAAACACCUUAACCAGUUUCGGUUGAUAUAUUUUUGCAGAAAAAUCUUCACGUGUGUGUUGACCUCUAUUUCCAUUGAAAGUGCAAUAAAUUUUUAAAUACAUUUUUGUUUUCAACUUCUUUUUUUGUUUUUGUUGCAACUUCAUUAAAAAAUUGUAUCUAGAUACAAAGUUUCUCGUUAGAUAGUGUGUUGAACGAAAGUUAAUACAAAACCGGGGCAAGAGUUUUUGUUUUCAUUUGAAUUCGUGUUUUUUUAUUGCGGCAACACUCUAAGUGUUUUGAUCAACGAGCGUGUAUACAAAAUUACACCAAAAAAAAAAAAAGAUACAAAAGUAUCUAUCUAUCGUAGUUUGUUUGUCUAUCCAGCGAAAUGAAAAACGAAGAGUGUACUGCUCUGGAUAUUUGAUAUAUACAACACUGAUGCUGCAUUUUAUUGUAUAUGGAGAGAAACACAAGUACCUAUCAACACUUUGAGAAGUGAUAGCAGCAGCAUAAUGAAAAGGUGGAAUAAUGCUGAAAGUAGUAAGAACCUUCAAAUUGGCAAAUGUCUACGUUCGCCAGUUGUUCUGCUUCGUCAAAAAUCAUUUGGAACCUUAGCAGAAAUUCGUCAAAUCUGUCAUACAACAACUUCCUCCUCGAAAGUAUGUUAUCCCGACCAUGUGUUGCCAGAUUUAUUAUCAAAAAGUUGUUGUGAAAAAUCAUCAUUGGCGUCAAAUAGUCGCCAUUCUCAACCAACAUUUCUCACACAAGAUGGACAUGAUUUUCAAUUGCCAACUAUACGUCCGCAACGAAGUAAACGUCAUUUAGAUUUUACAUCAAAGAAAAAAUCUACAAAAGAUUGCAGCAAACAAUCGGCGGCAUAUGAUUUCUAUACGGAAACUUCACCCUUAUUUAAUAAAAUUCCUGGCCAAUUGAACCAUCAUCAUCACCCUUCCACAUGUCAGUUUGAAAUGGAUUUUCUAGUUCCCCAUCCAUUGGAUCAUCAUCAUCAUCAACAACAGCAGCAGCAGCAACAUCUUACCAAACAAAGCCGAAUGAAGAACGAUACGAACAAAUUUUUUGUAUCACGUUAUCCUCAAGAAAAUCAUUUGGCAAUGAAUCAAGAAUUGCAAGAAGACGAUAAGAUGCAACCAUCACAACAACAAAGAGUCUUGCAACGAGGAAGUACAUCAAAGGGUGGCUCCUCAAAUCAACAGCCACAGACACCUCAUCCCAAUAAAAUGUCGAAGAAGCAACUGAAAAUCGCCCAAGCACAAUUGGACAAACUGACACAAAUCAAUACCCACUUACAUGCUCUCUUCUCGGCCGUCGAACAUGGUCAUUUGGAUAAAGCUCGAACCAUAUUGGAAUCCACGGAUGUCGAUGUAAAUAGUAUAAAUGCAGACGGUUUAUCUCCUUUGGAUGUUGCUGUAUUGAGCAAUAACAGAUCAAUGACGAAAAUGCUCCUGCAGCAUGGUGCUAUUGAAGGAUCACAGUUUGCCACAGAAUCUCUAGGUAAUAAAUUGAAUGGACUAUUGCAAGAUGCAGAGAGCCGGAUACAGGAUCUUAGUGGAUGUGAGGGCUUUCCACAGCAAUCGGCAGCAUUUAGUAGUACCCGUUCUUCAAUAUCCAGCAUUAUUAUUGGUGAGUUCUGUAAUAGUGGACCGUCAGUGACAGGUUGCACAGGAACUGAAACUGAUAAACAAAUUGGAAUUUGGGAACGACGUGUGAAAGGAUUACGUCGCAUGCUGCUCGGUUGGGAUCAGGCCCGUCCCCCAGAUUGCCCGAUGGCUGUUGGUGUUGAUGUCACCGGAGUUAAUUCUAUCAUGGUGCGAAUUCUUGAACCCACAGAGGGUGCCAUUGGGACUAAAUUUAAAGUUCAAUGGUCAACAAGAGCAGAUUUUAGCAAUGUGGUUGGAGAACGAGAGAUACUCGAAUGGAAUAGCUUUCAGGGAACAAUGGGCGCCAAUUGUCGAAUAACUGACCUCACUCAGGGACGAAGAUAUUUCAUUAGAGCAAGUUGUGGUAAUGUUAAAGGAUGGGGUCCAUCUAAAUUAUCUGUGCCAGCAAGUGUUGUACCAUCAAGUUGGCGAGACUUGACUGACAGAGAUGAUCGUUUUAUGGGACGGCUGCGAAUCCUUGAUAGUCUUUUUACAGCUGUUCGUUUGGCUAGACCUGAAGAUGCCUCUGAGUUAACCUUGGAAUCGUCUGCUGCACACAGAAGAAAUCCAAAAAAGAAGACAACUAUUAAGCAAUUAUUUUCUGUGACGUCAAAGUUUCAAAAGCAUCUUAGACGUGGCAUCUAUCUGGCGUGUAUAUUGUACUAUGAGGAUAAAGUACUCGUGACGAGCGAAGAUUGCAUUCCUGUAAUUGAGAUUGAUGAAACGUAUCCUAGUUCGUUGCAUAGUGACUAUCAUUGGUUUAUGAAGGUUGCAUGUACCUGGGACGAUGUCAAAUCACUUCGUACCGAUAUGGAACGUCACCUAACAUCUGCGGUACAUUUCCGGACAAAACUACUCUCAGCCGCCUGUCAAAUGCAAUCAGCUCUCUGUCUGACCGAUCUCGGCCAGCUAUACCACAAACCCCUGCGAGAUUCUCAUGGCACAGUCGUUCUAUGUUGUGUCAACUCGGUAAAAACUCAAAAAUCAAUUUCAGUUUUAAAUUCCCGCUGGUUGCCUGUAAAUAAAAUACAAAAGAAAAUCACAGCUUUACAUGAAGACUAUAACAUCAAUGAGAUGUUAAUAUCUUCCAUAAGCGACCAAAUACUCUAUCAUCAAACUUCGACAACGAAAAUAAAUCCCGGACUCUAUUUGGGCUAUUUAAAAAUGCAAUGUUCAGUUGAUCAAAUUCAAGUGGUUGUGCCAGUGAAAACACCAAAUGUUCUUCCCCACGCAAAAGUUCGCGAUAAUUCACACAUUACAGCCGAUGAAUGGGAAAUUUUGACGAAACAAACCAAAUCUGAUGCGAUACCUCUAGAAUUUAAUCCCAAUCCAGAGGUUAUGACGGAAGUUCAAAGAAUCUUUUUACAUGAUAUUACUACCGCAGCCAAUACACUUUUCAAACACAUGAAUAUUCGGCUUGAAGAAGCUCUUAAUUAUCGGCUUUAUGAUAUUGAGAUCAUUGAACUGUCAAAAGAUGUCAGCUUCCUGAUAAUCUGUCCCCCAGUCGAGUCAUCUUGUGCUGUACCCGGUCAAACCGAAUUGCUUCUUCAACGAGAUGACCUUCUCAGCUUGACAAUUCAGGCAUUCGAAAUGAUUCACUUAAGGACAUAUCAAAACGGAAUCAUUCAAAAGUAUUCACGACUCUCGUGCAUUCUUGAACUCGAUACAGCCUUAGCAAAUCACUCACAUCGAGAAGCUUUCUCAACAAGUGAGCUACAAAUUGCCAAGGAACGUUUAGCCAAACUUCAAGAACUUACCUUAAACCUAAACUCGGUAUGGAAGAGUGUUCGUUGGCUAAUGGAUGUAAUAGCUUUUGCCCGCGAUCGAAGUUGCAAUCCUACCGUAACCAUCCGGGAAAUCCUAGAUUUCAAAAAAAUGGUUGAAGAUAACGUUGAAAACUCAAUGUGCGACAAUAGCAACUGUCAUCUUCUGCAGUUGCCAGUUCGGGAAGCUAAAUUUAGUAAAAGCGGUCCUGGCCGGGGAUCAUGGCCAGGCCCAGCGGCGAAUUCUCAUCUAAACUCUGACUGCUAUCUAGCAGGUGAACACUCAAAAUCUGAACAAAACCUUGGCUCAGUUCAACCUCAACAGUUCCUGCAUCCGAAAAUGACCUCAAAGAAUGAUGAAUCGCUAAGAAAAAACAGUGCAGACUCAACUUGUUCGCAAUACACUCAAAGCUAUUACUCAACUGGAGGUGAGAAUAGUGAAAUGGUACUCUACCGAAUGCCACCGUCACGCUCCGAGGAUACUCUGUCAGCUAAUAAACAAUUAAAAAACUCUCACUUUAGGAAACGGACAACUGUGCCGAAUGUCCAAGGCGGUCCUACAUCCAACUCAGCUCCUUAUCUGUCAGUGAGCGCUCAUAGUAGUAGUUGUCAAACAAAUAUUACCGAUUCAGUACAAAGUUUAUCGAGUGACUCAGAAACUGCUUCCUAUCCAAUUGCUCAAAGGGUCAAACUAAAGACCACGGCUGCUCUCAAAGACGGAGGUCUAUUCCUCAAAUCAACUUUAAAUGCUUUACAAACUGAAAUCAAAGGCAGUGAUGCCAAAGUGCAUUCCUCCGAACCGUCCUCACCAGUAUCAAAUAAAUCAAAUAAACGUCCAAUACCUCGACAAGCUAGCGCUGAAGACUGUACGUUAGGGAAUUCUACAACAACAACAACAGGUGCCGCCACUGGGAGUGUUUCAAAUGCAGCUACAAGUACUACACAACAAACUGGAAUUAUACAAGUUUAUACAGCUUAUGACACUGGGUUGGCUAGUGGAACAAGUCUCAAACUUAAUGUUACACCAAAGACUACGGCGAGAGAAGUUAUAAAUUUGGUAGUGAAACAAAUUAAUAUGGCGGCGGUGUUGAAAGGCAAUAAUGGACCAAUUUACUCAGCUGAUAAAUUAAAUAAUUUUUGUUUGGUAGCAGUUAUAGGGGCAAGGGAACGUUGUUUGAGGGAUGAUUUUAAGCCAUUGCAAUUGCAGAAUCCAUGGAAGAAAGGUCGUUUGUAUGUUAGACAAAAGCAUGAGUUGCUAGCUGCUAUUGAACAUUCUAAUCGCAAGUCACAUCUUAUUUAAGGAAUUGUUUUUGUUUCUUUGUUUGGUUAUCUUAAUUUUACAGAAUUCUUGAAGCGCUUGAAGGAGUACAUCUUUUGCAAACUGUUAUUGUGAUGUAGAAGAAACUUAGUCUUAGUCAUUCUUAAAUAGCCUUGCUCUGCUCCUGACGAAAUACAUGGAAAAUAUUAACUUA